CUCGGUGCCGGUCGCUCCGCCCGCGCCGGGAUCCACCUGAAUUGCACGGAGCGGGCGGGAGCGGGAUCUGGGGUGCAGCGGAGCCGCCGGCGUGGGCGCCGCUUGCGCGCAUGUCCACCCGGGGCUGAUAGCCGCGGAGGCCUCCACUGCAGGGAGCAGCGCCGGGGCCGCAGCGGGACCGAGACUCCGGGCUGCAGCCGGAGCGACGCGCCGGCCGCCCGGUGAGGGUGGAGCCCCGCCGCGGCCCCAGGCUUGCGAGCCCCAGCCCCGCCCCUCCACCGCCCUGUCGCCCCUGAUGAGACCAUGGGCACUGACAGUGACUAGGUGGUCCCCGUCUGCGCCGGUGGGUCAGCCACGAUUCCCUGCAGAAGCCGGCCUUGGGAAAGGUAGGCGUUCAGGGGCUUGGUGGCCUCUGAGCCGAGCGACCCCCAGCCCCCUCCAUCCUCCUGGGGCCUCCGCCUGCCCAAGAUGAGCACUUUUGUCCCUCCAGCAGGUGCCGCCUCGGCCAGUCCGUGUCCUAGAGGAGCGCCGAGCUUUGGCUCCUGCCGGCGGGAGCCCGCGAAUGCUGCACCCAGCCUCCCAGCAGAGCCCGUUCAUGGUUGAUCUCCACGAACAGGUGCACCAGGGCCCCGUCCCUCUGUCCUACACGGUCACCACGGUGACCACCCAGGGCUUUCCCUUGCCUGCCAGCCAGCACAUCCCUGGCUGCAGUACCCAGCAGUUGCCAGCAUGCUCCGUGAUGUUCAGUGGGCAGCAGUACCCACUUUGCUGUCUCCCACCCCCGCUGAUCCAGACCUGCACGGUCCAGCAGCUCCCAGUACCCUACCAGGCGUACCCCCAUCUCAUCUCCAGUGACCACUACAUCCUGCACCCCCCACCGCCCGCCCCACACCCACAGCCGGCCCACAUGGCACCCCUGGGGCAGUUCGUGUCGUUGCAGGCUCAGCACCCGCGGAUGCGUCUGGACAGUGAGGUCGACCUGCGGGGCGACCAGCACCCGCUGGGGGGUUUCCCCUACCCCACCUCAGCCCCCGGCCCGGCCCUGUCGCCGUCCAUGCCCCUGCAUUACCUGCCUCACGAUGCACUGCACCCGGAGCUGCCGUUCGGCGUGCCGUACCCCCACAUGGUGCCCCGGAGGCUGAGCACUCAGAGAUACCGCCUGCAGCAGCCGCUGCCCCCACCGCCCCCGCCGCCGCCCCCACCACCUUAUUACCCCAGCUUCCUGCCCUACUUCCUCUCGAUGCUGCCAAUGUCCCCCACAGCCAUGGGGCCCACCAUCAGCCUGGACCUGGAUGUGGACGACGUGGAGAUGGAAAAUUAUGAGGCCCUCUUGAACCUGGCAGAGCGGCUGGGAGAUGCCAAGCCCCGGGGCCUCACCAAAGCAGACAUUGAGCAACUCCCAUCGUACCGCUUCAACCCCGACAGCCACCAGUCGGAGCAGACGCUGUGUGUCGUCUGCUUCAGUGACUUCGAGGCGCGGCAGCUGCUCCGGGUUCUCCCGUGCAACCACGAGUUCCACGCCAAGUGUGUGGACAAGUGGCUGAAGGCCAACCGGACAUGCCCCAUUUGCCGGGCCGACGCCUCCGAGGUGCCCAGGGAGGCCGAGUGAGCCCCCCUCCCCAGGCCCCCCAGCUUCCCGGGAGCACCCGCCCCCAAAGCUCUGGGGUGUGGGGACCCGGGAGGGGGGGGGUCGGCUCAGGC